CCUACGUCAUAUCCUCAAAAUCUUACCUUGUUGGCAGCAUCCUCUUCCACCAUUUACGUCAAUUGGCAACCACUGGCCUUUUCUGAUCGCAAUGGUUAUAUAAUUAAUUAUAGUCUAAGAUAUAAUUCAAUAAAGUUGAACUCCAGCGAUACAAUUUUUGUCAAUGGCAGUAUGAAUUCAACAGCCUUAACCAAUUUAUCCCCAUUCACUACCUAUAAUAUCGUCAUUCGAGCUGCAACUGUCAUUGGAUAUGGUCCUCCCAGUCCAAGUAAAGCAGCUACGACUCAUCAAGCAGGUUUGAAGGAGGCAUUGACUUAA